GGCUCUGCCACACAAAGUUCGAGAAAUAUCAAUUGUUAUUUUUUGUUUGGUAAAUAUUAUGUAAAUUUCCGUGGCUUUUGCUGAUAUUAGCUCUGAAGAUUUCGAUCGCACUACGCACUUCUUUAUAACCGAAUUGCUAUUUGAAGACGGGGUGGCGGAUAAACACUGUGUCCUGUGACCUUGACAUCAACGUUCAGGUUAGAUCACGUGUAGCGCCAAGGUUGGGAGGCCUGGCAAUAGCCGACGCGAGAGGACGGAACAUAUUGGAGGAAAAAUAUCAGCCCGGCGGGGCACCCUCGGCAGCGGAAGGCAUGGAGACCUCCGCACCAGCUAGGGACCGGGCGGACAGCACCGCUGGGUCUGACGAGGACGUUGACAUUGGGGAAGCCUGUCCACCACCCCGAUCAAGCUAUGAUGAGACCCAGGGGCAGCCCCCGGAGAGAGAUAGUCUAUCGGAGCACGAAGGUAUCACGGAAGAAGAGGCACGUGAGGCCCUGGUGCAGUAUGUAGCAAACCACUGCUGCUAUGGGAAGAGUCCUGCUCAAGACCUCACGUUCACAGACAUCAAACGUUCAUGUGCAUUCCACUAUAUAUUGGAAACAUUUGGUGAGGCGAGGAAUACUGCCUUGGUAUAA